UUGGCUGCCUGGCUGGUUGGCUGGUUGGCUGUUGCCUGGGAUGUCAUGGCGCUGCCAGUGUCUCUCUGCUCCCCUCUCCGGGUGGUUGUGUCCAGGCUGCUGUGGGGAGGUCGCGGAGCCCCGCUGGCAGGAGGACAUCUGCACAGCAGCGGCUGCAGGCAAGCAGCAACUGUUAUCUUGGGGACCGAACUGGCUAAGCAGAUUCACAAAGAGAUUGAGAGAGAUGUGAAACAGUGGGUGGCAGGUGGCAACCAGCGACCUCAGCUUAGUGUCGUCUUGGUGGGAAAUGAUCCUGCCAGUCACUCGUAUGUCAAGAACAAGAUCAAAGCAGCUGCGGCAGUAGGCAUUACCAGUGAGACAAUUUUACGACCAGAUAGUGUACCUCAAGAAGAACUCGUGCAGCUGAUUGAGAAACUAAACAGGGACCCGAAGGUCACUGGGCUCCUGGUCCAGCUACCUCUGCCAGAUCACAUUGAUGAACGCUUGGUUUGCAACACAGUUGCCCCAGAAAAGGAUGUGGAUGGGUUUCACGUGAUCAAUGUCGGGAGAUUGUGCUUAGAUCAGGAUGCUAUGGUUCCAGCUACUCCAGCUGGUAUCUGGGAAAUUAUCAAAAGAACAGGAAUUCAAACAUUUGGGAAAAACGUAGUUGUGGUUGGAAGGUCAAAAAAUGUAGGAAUGCCAAUUGCAAUCCUUUUGCACACUGAUGGAAGACACGAAAGACCCGGAGGUGAUGCAACAGUGACUAUCGCACACAGGUUUACCCCUAAAGAGCAACUUGUUGCUCAUACUCGACUAGCAGACAUUGUAAUAGUUGCUGCAGGGAUUCCAAAACUGAUCACUGCAGAUAUGGUGAAAGAUGGAACAGUCGUGAUCGAUGUUGGAAUUAACCGCAUUCAGGAUCCUGUAACAGGGAAGAUGAAAUUAGUAGGAGAUGUGGACUUUGAAGAAGUCAAGAGGAAAGCAAGUUAUAUCACCCCAGUGCCUGGAGGUGUUGGGCCCAUGACAGUUGCUAUGCUCUUGAAAAACACUCUAAUUGCUGCCAAAAAGUCAGUCACCCACUGAAGAGCCUGCACCUGGAUGGAAAUGGAAAAAAUCCCAAUUUCAGAGUGCAUCUUAAGUUCUUAUAUGAAAAGUUUUUUUGUUAACUAUAUUUUGUUUAUAUUGGUUGCAAUGUCUUAUAAGUAAAAUGCUUCCUUUUUCAUUGCAGUGAAGAAUCUAUGUUAUGGUGGUUUGGAAGAGUAUGUUUACACAUAUCCCAGCUUGAUUUACCAGACUGUUACACUUUUAUGCAUGUAAAGGUCCAGGAUUGCAAACAGUGCUGCACCCCUUCAGUAGACCACACAAAUAGAGGUUAUCCAUUGAAAAUGCUUUCAUCUUUUAUAUUCAAUACAUUCAGUAAAAUGAUUUCAUAAAAAAAAUGAUGGAUAGGUGUUUCAUCAAGGUUGCUAAAUGGCACUCUGAAAACACAAAUGACCUAUACCAAACUAUGAUGCAUACAUUCCUUUAACAAUUUCAACUCCAGCAAGAUUGAGGUUCCUGCUCUGGUAUGGUUGCUGACCUCUGAUGAUGUGCACUUAAUAACUGGUGUCACAAUUCCUCACACAAGUUCCUGGUCUCAGUGCUCAGUAAGUUUCAAGAUGAAGCACUUCCUUAUAUGGAACCAAGAAAGCUUUAUCUAGCUCCCAAGGCAUUCUCACCCAUAUCACCCACAAAAAAUAUUCAGCCUCUCUACAGUGUAUCUUGUAUAUCCUCUUUUCUACCAUAAACCAACUCCUCGGUCCACCCUCCCAUGCCUCUGCCACCUUCUCCUCCAACACUAAAUGCGAGAACAUGAUGAAUUUUCUCAAGUCCAAAGUCGAGGGGCUCCGCUCUGCUGCCUCAAGCCCCCCUACUGGCACCCCGUCCCCACUUCCCGCUCCCCUUCCAGCCCCCCCCAUCCCUCUCUCCACAUUUUUGACCCUGUCUCCCCCUCUUCGCUCACCUUCAUCAUUUUCCCACCAUCUGCUAGCUUGACCCCGUCGCUACCCCUGUUCUCACCUCCCAGCUUCACCUCCUUGCCCCCCAACUAACAGACCC